CAGGGUAAGACGAUGACCGCGGCGGCAGUCAGAAGCAGAAAAUCUUUGGAAUGCUUCGAAAUGCUCUUGUGUGACCGCAGAUCUUGCAGCGCACCACGUUGAUGGCGUGUUGAAUCAUGAUAGAGGGCCUGCUUGUCAUCGGUGAUGGACCUGCCGCGAAAACAGACAGACGACGGCGUCGAUAUGAUGUCAUUGAUUGAGUUCUGUAUCCAGUUCUGCUUGUAUUCACCCAAGUGGCGGCCAUGGCUGAUCAUGGCGCUGCAGCUUCUGCGGGUGACGGCCGUCAGGUGAGGCUGCAGGACGGCGGGAUGUCGGCUCAUCGUCCACCAUUUGUACGUGUAUCGUUGCAGACCAGACGCCUCGGUCAUCGUCAGCACCUGCCGCCGGUGGUGAAGAGUGGCGACGCGCAGAGCGGGAGAGGGACCUGAGGAGAAAGUCUCAGACAUGGUGAGUGAGGGAAACGCGCAGACAGAACCGUGUAAUGCUUCACUGACUGUCGCUCGCUGUCUUGUUUGCCCUGCAGCCUGGUCUUCGCACAUGUAUCACAGCCUUCCUGCCCCUCUGUCCACCUCGCCGUCGGCAGCAGAGGCAGAGAGGAUCGGUCGUUUUGGCAGCGUGUCCAGCUCGAUCUCGUCACCGAAUUGGCCAAGAGGCUCACAUAGCUGACGGCAAUCACACUCUGCUAUCCCGUGGGCGUCUCCCUCUGGCGCAUUGAUCUGUUCAUCACCGUGGUUGAGGGCCAGGGGGGCGACCGACAUGGAUGGGAGCACGCUGAGGACAGUCAGAUUCAAGGCGGCUCAGCUCAGCUGCCGUCGAUCUCUCACGCGAAUGGACUUCAGCCACUGAGCGCACUUCGACAUCAGUGUACUCGCCUUCGUGCAGUCGCUCGAGUGGCUGACCGGCACUUGCUCCCGACCCGACGCCAAGCCAUCCCUCCCGGGCUGGCCUUCGACCUAUCUCUCUUCUGCAGUGGCGAUUUCCCUUCCCAGCCCUCGCCCCUCUUCAAGCAGACCAUGCAGCAGCUGGCGCGGCAGGCCACCUUUGUGGCUUACUGACUGACGCCACACGACCUCAAGCCAUCCAGCGAUGCGGCCAUCGAGCUCGCGUCGAGCAUCUCCUUUGAUCGCUUUGCGGACGACCUUCUGAUGGCCACAUGCGUCGAACCCGCCGCUCCCCUCCGGCAUCCCCACAUCCCCCUCCUACCCCACCAUCGUCAAGCAUCUGCGUCCAUUCCCAAAGACGACCGAGAUCCGAAUCGCUGUUGAUGCGAUGGGGGCGUUGGCGGGGGUGGAGAGGGUAAGGGAGUCCGACGUGCGAGAGGUGGAGAUCAGGAUAGGCGGCCUGAUGGGCGCGGCGGAGGUCAUAGCAGCUGCUGCCAAGCUCACCAACUGCCGACGAUAAGCCAGCUGCGCUUCUUCAUUGAAGAGGGUGGGUGAACAAUACACAGACUACACAUCCAUCCGCCAGUUCAUUUCUUCUCUCUCUGUCUGUCUGUCUGUCUGUCUGUCUGUCCGCCUGUGUGCGUGCUGUUCAUCCGUCGGUCAGUGUCAGAGGAUAUGCGGCGAUGACAUGGGUGCCAUCUUCUCAACCGUAUUUCUCUCGGCCCUUCCAUAACAUCCCAGGGCUGCAGCGUCCCAGCUGUCGCCGCCAUCCGUGCCGCCUUCCCCGACAGCACGACGGUCGGACACUUCUGCGUGGGCAUAGAGACGCAUGCCGCUUGGUGAGCUUGCUGGUGUCACAGUGGGCCGACCUGGACACAGUGUCUGUCUGUCUGUCUGUCGUUUAUGGGAGGAAGGAGGCCAUAGCUGCGGUCGGUCGCUGUGUAGAUAUCUGAGCGGCUGCCGACGGACGUACGGCGAGUAGUGUCUGCUGUGGCUUAGCCUGCCUGUGCUGUUGGGUGGGUAAACCCAGUAGA